GGCGCUGCAGUGUACGCAGUUUCCAUGGGGACUGAACAUGGCGCCGCGAGGUGAGACUCUGGAGAUAAAAGAUUGUCCUCAACCCCCCUGGAAGUCCUGUUCUUUCUGAAUGGGUGGUACUAUGCUACCUAUUUCCUGCUGGAGCUCCUUAUUUUCCUGUACAAAGGGCUCCUGUUGCCGUACCCAACAGCCAACCUAGUCCUGGAUGUGGUGAUGCUGCUGCUUCAUCUUGGCAUUGAAGUCAUACGAUUGUUUUUUGGUACAAAGGGAAACCUCUGCCAGCGAAAGAUGCCCCUUGGCAUUAGUGUGGCCUUGACCUUCCCAUCUGCUAUGAUGGCUUCCUAUUACCUGCUGCUGCAGACCUACGUGCUCCGCCUAGAAGCUAUCAUGAACAGUAUCUUGCUCUUCUUUUGUGGCUCAGAGCUGCUGCUUGAGAUGCUCACGCUGGCCACCUUCUCCAGUAUGGACAGGAUCUGAAGUACAAGAAUUCCAGCUUGGUGACAACACAUAUCCAUCUGGUACUUCAGCCACACUUGUGAAAAGUGGUAGGUCCAGCUGACCUGGGAAAGGUUUGUGUGGUUUUUCCUCAGUGCAGACAUUUGGGCACUGAGCACCUACCUGAGGCCAGUGGCACCAUCUUUAAAGCGGGAUCAUCAGCAGGAGACUCUUUCCUUUUGUUGUAGGGAGGGGCAAGGCUGUCCCCAUCUUGGUGUUUCUAACAGCUUCCUAAUGAUCUCAAGUUCUCUUCUGUGGUCAUCGUGGCCAGAGCACCUUGUGUGGACCGUCUAGUAUUGUUUGGCUUCCAGCAGAACCUGAGCCACAGCACUCUGUGCACGUACAUCUGUCCUACAUGACCAUGGAGAGCCUCAUAAUGGUGGGCUCUUGGGCUGAUUUGAAUGUGUGUUCUCCUCGCUGCCCCACCUCCCCCCAUCCUGCUCAAAGAGAAGGUGAUCCAGAACCCAUUUAAGUUCAUAGUAGUAUUUUUCUAUUCUGAUCAUGAAGCAAACACAAAACUUAAUAAAAGUAUUUUCUGACAUGGG